GUGAUGUGUUGUUGUCUGGCUAUAGCGUUCGGUUGCUAUACACGCUGUAAAUCGUUAAGUUCGCCGUACGGAAACGUAUAGUGCCGCGCUCGCGCGUCUGUGGUGUGUACGUUACGUCGUCGUACACUCCGCAACGCAACCGGCAGUGCACCGAGCGCCACGUCACGGGGUGGAUUUCUGACGAGAAUAUAGAAAAGGACACGCAGAGCCGACCGGACACACUCGAGUCGAACCCAAGUCGUCGGCCGCCGCGCGUGUACACACGUGUAAGCGCCCACGGAAUGCGAGGAAGAGCUACGGAUUGGUGAGCUACGCGCAAACAACGCAACACAAUACGUACGGCAGUGGUGGCGGUGGUGGUCGGCCGGUCGUCUCCGACCCGAUAUCCCGUCCGGAAAUGCCAAAUGCCGCCGAACCGUUGGUCAGUAGCGUCUGCCGUGGCCGUGAUGUUCGCAGUAGCCGCGUCGUUGCUGUGCUCGGCGCCAGGGCCCGCGCACGCUGGUUUCGCUUGCCUCAGCAGCCCUUGCGUUCACGGCGUGUGCGUUGAUCAGCUUAACAGCACGUACACUUGUUAUUGCGUCGACGGUUAUACGGGCGUCCGUUGUCAGACCAACUGGGACGAAUGCUGGUCUUCGCCAUGUCUCAACGGAGGAUUGUGUUUGGACGGCGUGGCCGACUACAAUUGUUCGUGUCCCGACGGUUAUGCGGGACACGAUUGCGAGCUCAACGUCGACGAGUGCCUGUCCAACCCGUGCCAAAACAACGGAACCUGUGUGGAUUUCACCAACGGAUUCGCGUGCCAAUGCCCCGCCGGAUACGCUGGGACUAGCUGUGAAAUUGAUUUGGCUGUUUGUAAUUCGACUGGUGAAUUACUAUGUAAAAACGGUGGCGAGUGUAUUGAAGGUCCCGGUGUGUCUUUUGCUUGUAACUGUUCACCAGGGUGGGAUGGUGAGACUUGUGAGGACGAAAUCAAUCAGUGCGAUUCUCGGCCAUGCAAAAACGGAGGAGUGUGUAUCAACAAGCAAACGACAUACUCGUGUGCAUGUCUUUUUGGUUACACAGGUCGAGAUUGUGACGUAACAUUGCGUCUGUGCGAUGAACACGAAUGUCAAAAUCAUGCGCUUUGCUUAAUUGAAGACCGAAUGUCCGUUUGUUACUGUGUACCAGACUAUCACGGGAAAUACUGUCAAUAUCAAUACGAUGAAUGCCAACUAGGAAUUAGGUGCGAAAAUGGCGGGACGUGCGUGGACGGGGUCGACGGGUACACGUGCACGUGCCCCGAAGGUUUGACGGGCCAUUCGUGCGAAUGCGCGUUCAUGGACGAGCGUACGAUUAACUGCACGGGCGUGGUGACCACAUACCACGCGGUCAGCAGCACCGAGGACGCGGUGACGUCGUCCACGACCGCGGAACCGAACAUGUUUUGGACGACGGACGGUUACCGGCCGUUCUUCGUGACUGCGUUCAGGAAUUCUCCGACGCCCGGUAACGCGUUCUCCACGGACUUCGGUAUAAUCUCCACCGCGACCAUGCCGUUUGAUCACACGGGGGUGGCCGUGACGUCCACUCAGCUCGUGCCGGAUGGCGGAUCCGCGGUGUACACGUCCGAUCCCGUUACCGGCACCGGGACGACUGAUUACCGGGACGAAACGUCGUACGACGACGUGGUCAUGUUCCAACCGACUACUGACGGUUGGACGACCGAGCUGGACGCGCGCGGUCCCGCGUCCCCGGACGGUCCCGGCGUAGAUACAGCCGGUUACGUUACGACGCGGUCUUACCAGGUGGACGCGGCCGAUGACGGCACGACGCGGUUUUACGAGACUAGCGCGUCAGCGCGGACUCGACCUAGCACGGUGGUGGAGAGCACCAUGGCGUUGAGCACCCACCCGUCCACCGUCACCGGGGCCACAAGUCGGUUGACCACCGCGGCUGUGGUCGCUGUCCGGUCGACCACGACAGUGGCUUCGAGUCGGCCAGUCACCGCGGACGCGCCUUCGAGGACCGAGAAAACGAGAACGACGACGACGAGGCCGGUAUCGACAACGAUCAUCGAACAGGACGCUGCUUUUACUACGUUCUACGAUGAAAUGUCCACCGACUUCGAUUACAAUUUCACCCGGUUUGACGUGCCAGUCACCGACCGCGUACCAAGUGCCGCGGACAAGAGUUGCGUAAAUGUCUUGUGCCUGAACGGCGGUGUGUGCGAAAAAUCGAAAACCGGUCACAAGUGCAACUGUCCAUUUGGUUGGAAAGGUGAUCUAUGCGGCGAAAAAAUCGAGAUUAAGGUGUCAGCGUUUACGGGACAAUCAUAUCUUAGCCACAGACUAUCGAACCGUUCUGGUGCUGAGAUAUCUAUGGAAAUACGAACACUCGCGCCAAAUGGCAUAUUGUUCUACGCUCAGGUCACUACGCAUAUGUAUAUGUGUCUUUACUUACAGGAUGGUUUGUUGAAGUUCCAAUUUUCUUGUGGAGUGCAAACAAUGUUGUUCAGUGAGACCAGAUACCGGGUAAAUACUGGCCAUCGUCUGUUGCUGACAGCAGCCUUGGAACAUGCCAUGUCACAUUCCAUGUCCGACCACUGCAAGGCAUCACUUAGGGUUAAUGAAACGUUAGCCAUGAGCGGUGAACAGGCGGCCGACACUUCGUCGGAGAAAGCGAAAAAAGUGGCGUUGUUAUAUUUGGGUGGACUUCCACCCGGUCAAAACGGAACAGCCGAACUUCCGGUCACAGUGGGAAUUACCGGUUGCAUAUCACGUCUGCAAAUCGAUGAAGUCGUCCAUAAUGUAUACGAAAACGCUACCGACGGCUACGGUGUGAUCGAGUGUGCUUCGUUGACGUGCUUGUCCAGUCCCUGUCAUAGCUAUGCUACGUGCGUAGAGUUCGGUGACUCGUGGAACUGUCUUUGUCCUUCUGGAUUUGUCGGAAAAAACUGCGAACGUUCAAUAUGCGAAAACAACCCAUGCAAAUUUGGUGCUACAUGCGUCAUUUACCCCGGAAGCGGAUUCAUUUGUCUGUGUCCACUUGGAAAACAUGGAAUGUAUUGCGAACAUGACCUCGAGAUCAGUGAACCAUUUUUCCCGGGCAGUGUCAGUGGACUUUCUUCUUUUGCAUCAUACUCCAUACCGGCUGAAAUUCAUCAAAGUUUUGAACUCUCGAUGCAUUUCGUACCGAAUUUCAUGGAUCAAAUUGCCGUGAUGAUGUACAUAGGACAUGACGCGUCCACCGAUCACGUGGCUUUGAGCUUCAUCAAAGGGUACAUUGUGCUAACGUGGAAUCUGGGCGCUGGCGCUCGAAGGAUAUUCACCCCAAAGCCAAUAAACUUUCAACCAAAAAGAACCCACGUCGUGAAAUUAGGUCGUGAUGGCAAGACCGCAUGGCUCAUGGUUGACAAUUUUCCGAACGUCACUGGCCAAUCGGCUGGUCGUCUUUCUCAACUGAACACCAAACCAGUAUUGUACCUAGGCGGCCACGAGUCUCCGGGGAUGGCCGAUCUUCCACACGACUUGCCGCUGCACACCGGGUUUGUGGGCUGCAUGAGUUCGGUGAGGCUGAAGGCCGGCCACGUGAACAUCCCGUUGAGCUUGUCGCACGCCUAUUCCACAAUGAACACCGGUAGGUCCGUGUCUCAGUGCUCGACCAAUGAAUGUUACCGGAACAACAUCUGUCAGCAUAACGGCGCAUGCAUUCAGCACGGAUCCUCGUUAGCGUGCGUGUGCGACGACGGCUGGUUCGGUCCGGUGUGCUCGCACCGGUACAACGCGUGCGACGCGAACCGGCACAACUGUUCGGACGGGUCGACGUGCGUCCCGGUGGGCACCGGGUACGAGUGCGACUGCCCGGCCGGCCGUACCGGCAAGAGUUGCGACCGCGACGAGCGGCUGUCCGACGUCCGGUUCUUGGGCAAACGUUCGUUCCUGUCCGUGUCCACGGCCGAGCUCAACAUGCAGCAGUUCAGCGUCGAGCUUGAGAUCAAACCCGCGGACGAGCACGGCAUCGUGUUCUUCGUCAAACACGACGUCGCGCCCAAGAAGUAUUUGUGUCUGUCGCUGUACGGCGGCGUGCUGGAACUCAGGACGUCCGUCCAAGCAGGCGAUGCACGUCGUCAAGACGACAUUUUGGUAGUUCGCAGCGGUAGAGUGUUGACGUUAUCCGAAUGGCACAGCAUACGAGUGGGUCGAUACCGUCGCAAACUUUAUCUAUGGGUCGACGGAAUGGUCAACUACGCGGUGCUUCAACCGUCGGAAGGCAUUUCUGAUUUGGAAAAUCUCAUAUACUUCGGCGGUCUACCGGAUUUAUCACGCAUGCCACCGGGGUCGACUGCCGGCUUGCCGGUACCGUUCACCGGAUGCAUCCGGAGACUGUCGGUCGACUACGAAACGAUACCGUUGAAUUUUUCGUCGAUCGCUGCCGGAAGGAACAUCGCCGAUUGCGACGGGACCCCGUGCGGCGGCGAUCUGUGCCAUCACGGCGGUAGUUGCUGGUUGGAUAUGGACAUGAAGCCGCACUGCCAUUGCUCUCAGGAAUUCACCGGAGACUCUUGUAACAAGCAAGUACCUUGUACCGAAUUCAAGUGCCAAAACAAAGGUCACUGCGUGAGCCAAAAUAGCAACACAUCUUUCGUGUGUAAAUGCUCACCUGGGUGGGACGGCCCGUUUUGUACAAAAGAGCUUCCAACUGGUCCACCACUGUUUAAAGGACAUGGAUACUUAGUUCUAAGUAAAAUAUCAUCCCUUACUAAAAGAGAAGGUAACGAUGAAGACAAUGUGGAUAAUGAAACACAAUUUAUAAGUUUAAACUUCUCAACAGCAUAUGACAACGGAUUACUUAUUUGGACGUCACAGGAGGAGUGGUACUUGGGUUUAGGUAUAAUUAACGGAUUAUUGACAGCAACUUGGGGGCAAAAGUAUAAAAUGCCAAGUAAACUAAUAGCGCCAUUGUCAAAUAUAACAAAUAAUGAAUGGCAUAUGGUAAGGUUAAAUGUCACAAAAUUAGAUGUAACAUUAGAAUUAGAUGAUUGGAUAUCAGAUCCAUAUCACCACAAUAUAGAAUCAUUCAAUUUGAACGAAAACAUAAUUUAUUUAGGUGGUGUUCCAGAAGAGAAAUACUUUUUAAAUGAUAGACAAGAUUUAUUUAAAGGUAAUUUUCGAGGUUGUAUCGAGCAAUUGACUGUUCAAGAAAAUGUUAUAACUGAUUUUAAAAAUUAUGAAAGUAUAAAUGUAGAUGUGUGUGAUACAUGGUAAACUAUAUUAGUUAUAAAAAUGUGAGCAAAAUAAUCAAUUCUAAAGAACUCAAUUUUAAUCAGUCAAUCAAUAUACUUUUAUUUAUUACUAUUUA